AUGAUUAGCUGGGCGCUGAAGCGCAAUUCGGACAGCGCGCGCGACGCGCCGGUAUCUGACGAUACCACACAACUUGACGUGCCCGAUACUCCUGCGCCCGUGUUUGCCGUGCGCGCCCUGAAGACCGCCUUGUUUGGCACCCCAGCGCCCAGAGAUCGCCGGGCGGCGAAGACGACCAAGGAUCAAACCAGCCAGCAGAAUUCCAACCCAGCAUUUUCAAUAGACAAAUCGCCAGCGAAGCCUCCCGGGAUUCUCCUUACGCCAGGAACAGGUACAACGCGUCGAAAACGCGUCUCGUUCGGCCAUGAUGUCAAGCAAGGCUCGGGAGGGACCGCAAGAACCAGCACCAGCGGGUUGCCGGAAGAGUGUCCUGGCAAGUUUCCCAGUUCAUGGGUUGAUCGGAAUGGCGAGAGCGCGCAAUCACGACCAAAGACGAAACUGCAGCAGGCCAUGGAGAGCUCCCGCAAGGGCAUCAGUGCGCUCGAGACCGACGAGAAGGACUUUGCUUAUACUUCAAAGGAGCCAGAGGAUGCAUGGGAGGAAGUGGAUGACGACGAGUCAGAUUUCGAACCCGACAUCACCACGGAUCUGAAUGAACCGCACUCGCGUUCUGGGAAAUACUGGAAGUCCCACUUCGAGACCUAUCACACCGAUGCAAAGGCUGAGAUGGAGAAGCUUGUCAAGUACAAGCAUCUCGCCAAGUCUUAUGCAAAAAUGAAGGAUGCCGAGGCCCUUGAACUCCACCAGAAGCUCAAGGAGGAGCAGGAGAAAGUCAAGGCAAUGGAGGAAAAGGUUGCCGACAUGACCCGGCAAGCAUCCUUAGCCGCCAGGAAGGAGGGUGGCGAAAGCAACCCGGCGUUGGUUGAAGAGCUCGCCAAGCAGACAGCUCUUGCGGUCGAGUACAAGAAGCAGGUGGAGGAGUUAGAGUCCUUGCUGCCGGGAGAUGUCGACGAGGCUGGGAAUGAACCCAAUCGGCGACGGCGAACAGCAUCGCCCCGGACACAACGAACGCUGAUGGAAGCUCAGCGUGAAUUGAGGCGGGCGAGGGCGCAGGUCCGCGAGCUUGAGAGACUCGAAGAGGAACGAGAUCGACUCAGGUCCGACCUGAAGUUUGCGGAACAACGAGCCAGCAAGCUCGCUGAGGAGAAUCGCAAACUGUCCAGCGAGCUGUCCCUGAGCAUCUCAAGGAUCGAAGAACUCGAGAAGCGGCUGGAGGACUCUAAAGGAUCGUACGAAAAGUUGAAGGAUGACGCCAAGGCCCGGUAUCUUGAGGCCCAGCAGGUCUUAAAGAAGAAGAACGAAACAAUCUCUGAGCUUCAAGAAGCGGUAGAGUCGCUCAGGAGCGGUGAAGCACAGCCAAGGCGAACAAGCUGGUCAGUCCGGGCAAAGAGCCUUGGUGAGAAAUCUACGGCGCUCAAGCCGCCGGAACCAGUAGGAGAGGAAGGUGCCGGGCUGCAGAAGGGCAUCACUGAGUUGAAACAAUGGGUCGGCCAGAGGGGCACGACCGCAUCGGCAGCAUCCGCCGAGACGAGGCCAAGAGACAAGCGCAGCCCCGACCUCUCCAAGCGUGCGUCUCACAACGACGCGACUCUUGCGCAAGCCCGGGCUCUUAGGGAGAAGCUCGAAGCCGAGUUUGGCACGAAAGCGCUGCUUGCUUCUUCCGUCUUUAGCGAUCGCGGAAACCUACAGGAUAGUCACAAUUCCACAUCGAGCGGCCGCUCUGCGCACUCGCGGGAAGACCAGACGAGCCGUACUGACCGGCCGACACGAUCCACCUGGACAGCUACGUCAACGGAGAACGCGACUCUCGACGACAUCCUCGCCGAAGCUCGCGAUAAACGUGCCAGCAGGACUCCGCUCGAACAACAGACGAAGAAUCCCCCGCCGCCCCGUCCGCUGUCGCGAGAGAGCGAUACCUCACCAGACCUUGGCGGCACAAACGCGCAGAGCAGUGCCAUCUGGAGCACGAUGAACACAUCACGGACGACGCUGCCGGAGCACCGAAAAACAGCUGCACUUGCCCGAAUACAGAAGAGGAUCAAGGAGCGGAAGAUGUUACAGCAGCAGCUCGGGCGAGAUAAGGAGAAUGCUCGGCCGUGA